UGAUGAAAGUAGCCCAGAAAUUGACGGAGGAUGAGAUGUCACGACUCUCCUAUGAAGAAGGAUUCAUCCUGGAGCUGCCCCCAGGCUCCACUGGACUACAGGACAUGAGGGUCCACUUCUUACACAAGUUGGAAGCCAAGGGCGUCUUCAGUCCCAAGAAUCCUGACGGCUUCGCUGGCCUACUCAAGCGACUAUCCAGAGAUAAUUUGAUAGCGGAGGUGAAUAAGUACAAGCAGAACCAUCUCUUUGUAAAACCCGCAAAGAAAAUAAAAAAAAAAGUCAAAAGAGGAAGGGAAAGCAGCAGUUAAACAGCCAAUACAGUCAGUAACAAUAGAGAAUCCUCAAGACAACCUUGAGGAUAUGUUUGCCCUGGCUAUGACCCAUGCCAGUAACUUGAUGACCGUCCUUCGUGAGCUUAUGCAACAACAAGUACCCAGAGAUAAGCUAGCAGCAGUCAUCCCUCAAGUCAAGAAGGCCAUAUUCAUGUUGUCCAAAGAUGAGCAGGCUGUGGUAUCCGUUUGUCAAGCCAUGAGAAAGGCAGCUGCUGAUGCUGGUGUUACAUUACCUGAUCAUGUGAGCACUCAGCACAGCUCCACAUCAAGCCGAGACAAAGGGAACAAAAAGAAAGCUGAAACACUUAUGCAACCUAAACUCCGGACCUACAAGAAGCCACUCUUACCACCAGUCAAGAAGUCACUAUCACAGAGCCUGUCUGUUGGUUUUGGAGCUACUGUCAUUCACAGACAAGACGAUGGAGAACAGUACGAUGAGAUUGUUCUUAUGCCAACCUUUGGUCACAGACAAGACGAUGGAGAACAAUACGAUGAGAUUGUUCUUAUGCCAACCUUUGGUCACAGACAAGACGAUGGAGAACAAUACGAUGAGAUUGUUCCUAUGCCAACCUUGAGUCACAGACAAGACGAUGGAGAACAGUACGAUGAGAUUAUUCCUAUGUCAACCUUGAGUCACAGACAAGACGAUGGAGAACAAUACGAUGAGAUUGUUCCUAUGCCAACCUUGGGUCACAGACAAGACAAUGGAGAACAGUACGAUGAGAUUGUUCUUAUGCCAACCUUUGGUCACAGACAAGACGAUGGAGAACAAUACGAUGAGAUUGUUCCUAUGCCAACCUUGAGUCACAGACAAGACGAUGGAGAACAGUACGAUGAGAUUAUUCCUAUGUCAACCUUGAGUCACAGACAAGACGAUGGAGAACAAUACGAUGAGAUUGUUCCUAUGUCAACCUUGGGUCACAGACAAGAUGAUGGAGAACAGUACGAUGAUAUUGUUCCUAUGCCUACCUUGGGUCAGGCAUAUGAUACGUACGACCAAAUUCCCAUCAGAAACCGCCCCCUUUUAGACUCUUCCUGCAAGGCACACAUGUUUUUACAAGAGGAGGAGGGUUUCUAUGACAAUGCUGUCGACCCCUCGUAUGAAAGCGAGCAACCUGCAUACGAUAAUGUCGUUGAAUCAUCCAAUGGAGUAGAAGAGGUGAAUUAUUAUGAAGCUGUCGAUCAGACUGAAUUGGACGAGAAAAGCUAUGUUGAAGUUGUCAAUUGGACGAGAACAACUGUUGGAAUGGUGAGACACACAGACAGCGGGAUUGGAAGUGGAGAGGGAAAGCUGAGGGAAUGGCUUCCUGGAAACCCCCAGCCACAAGGGCUGGAAAACGAUGAUAUGAUGGAAAACCCUAUGUAUAUCACCAAACCACAAGAGAGCAGAUACAUGGCAUUGUUAAAGCAGCAAGUAGCUGAAGAUGAGGACUCUCUGUACACUGACGUUGUAAGGAGACCAUGACAGUGCUAACACUUAAGUUGCGUGCAAUCCACAUACACAAAAACUACAAUAUUAUUAUUGCAAUAUCUGAAGAUGCACAAUUAUGUGCAUGUACAUGUAUUAUUUUGCUUACAGCGGUUUGAAUAAAUUGACAUUUCAUUGA